CUGCUCCCACUGAAAUCGAUGUUGUCCCUGUUUCAUGGGCACGGACCCCUCUCUGGCUGUCUGAGAGGAACUGCUGCUGGCCUAGUUAUUACCCAAGAUUUAUCGCCGGCUGCUGGCGGAUCAGUUGCAGAUGAAAUCGUUCGUCGCUGGCGGAAUAUCACUGCCAUCAUCAACAGUAAGGGUCAGGCUUUUCAUGGGAGAAGACUGUGUUUUAGAGAAGCAAAGAAGAAGGAAGAUUUACCUGCUCUAUGUUGCCGGUUGCCGGAAGAAGAUUUUACUGGUGAUGCCUUUUCUCUUCGCCGGUUGGAGAGGAUAGCAGAACAGGGGUUCGGUGGGUUGAUUUGGGUGGAGACUGGAGAGUGGUAAACGUCCGUUUGUCAUC